ACACACACAAUUAAGAUCAGGAUCAAGAUGUAAACAAACGCCUCCACCACCACCUGUCAACUUCCCUGUGGGGCUGAUAGGAUCUGUGGGAUCGUCGAAGCCCAAAAACAACAACAACAACAACAACAACUUCCUCGAGUGAGAAAGUGAGCAGUCCGAGGAGCAGGAAGGGAAGGGCAACUAAAGAUGGACAUUCCAGAGACAGAUAGCGAGGAUGAAAUGGCGCCAGGCUGGGAGGAGAGAUGCACAGCUGACGGUUUUGUAUUCUAUGCCCACCACGCCACACAGUCAACACAAUGGCAACACCCACGGACAAACAAGAAGAAGAAGGUCACUGGAGAGCUGCCAUUUGGGUGGGAACGGCAAAUAACAGAGUCCGGGAAAGUGUUUUUCGUGGACCACAUAAACCACAAGACGACUUACACCGAUCCCCGCCUUGCCUUUGCCGAGGAAGAGACGAGAACUUUGGCCGAUCUUAGACAGCGAUUUGACGGGACCACCACCGGCAUUCAGGUUCUGCACGGCCGCGACCUGACGGGGAAGGUCGCGCUGGUCACUGGAGGGAAUGCUGGGAUUGGGUACGAGACGGUGCGCUCCCUGGCCUACCACGGGUGCACGGUGGUGGUGGCCUGCCGGGAGGUGGCCAAGGGGGAGGCAGCAGUGGCCAAGAUACACAGACAGAGGCCACAUGCUGCACUCCAUGUUCUUGCUCUUGAUCUCUCCAGCCUAGCCAGCGUCAAGACCUGUGCUCAGUCGUUUGCCCUGCGCUUUGGCCGUUGCGACAUACUGAUCUUAAACGCUGGAGUAUUCGGUCUUCCCCACACACACACUGAGGACGGAUUUGAGACAAUGUUUCAAGUCAAUCACCUGUCUCACUUCUACUUGUGCCUUCUUCUGCAGCCUCUACUGGCCAAGAGCAAACCAGCAAGGGUCAUCUUUGUGUCCUGCGAAGCUCAUAGGUUUGCCAGCCUGGACGUGGACAGCCUGCGGGAGGAGGUGCUGUCCCCCUCCCCCCGCUCCCCUUUCUCCUCCAUCGCCUCGUACUGCAACACCAAGCUGUGCAACGUCCUCUGUGCCCUCGAGAUGCAGCGCCGAUUUGGGGCCCAGGGCAUCAACACCUACGCUGUCCACCCAGGGAACGCCGUGCCCAGUGGCUUAUCGCGACACUGGUGGCCGUACAGACUGCUCUUCACCCUGGUGCAGCCAUUCACCAAGACGCUGCAACAGGCAUGUGCGAGCAGUGUGUUCUGUGCAGCGAGCAAUGACCUGGCGCGUUACGGUGGGGUGUACGUCAACAACUGUGUCCCCUGCAUGCCCUCCGCCCCCUCCAUGGACACAAUCCUCGGCCUCAGACUGUGGGUCACCUCACUGAAGAUGAUUGAGGGAGUGUUGGGUCAGCGCGCCUUCAGUGUGUGUCUUGGGGGGGAGGUUAGGUUAGGUUAGGUUAAGUAUUGUCAGGUUAGCUUGGGUUAGGUUAGGUGAGGUUAGGUCUUGAAUCAGUUUGCCUGUGAGGGGGGGUGGGGAGCUGGCCUUAUUUAUUUCUAGUAGUCUCUUGUGUUAUUAUUAUUUCUGUUUGAUGUGUUCUGUCACGGCAAAUGUGUGUUUACAAGGCUGUUUUUGUUGCCAGUACUGUAGAAAUAGUGUUAGUCUGUUGCUAGAACCUUAAAAGCACCCUUCAAAACCUUUAUAACUUCAAUUGGAGCCUUGUAAAGAGUGUUUCUCAUAUUAAUGAUGCAGAAAUUAUGUUAAUCUGUCACUAGAACCCUUCAAAGCCUUUAUAACUUCAAUUAGAGGCUUUCAAAGAGUGUAAAUCAUAUUAAUCUGUCACUAGAACCUUAAAAAACCCUUAAAAAUCUUUGUCAUUUCAACUAGUUCCUUUUAAAGAGUGUUUCUCAUAUUAAUGAUGCAGAAAUAGUGUUAAUCUGUCACUAGAACCUUGAUAACACCCUUAAAAACCUUUAUAACUUCAAUUGGAGCCUUUGAAAGAGUGUUUCUCAUGUUAAUCUGUCAGUAGAACCUUAAAACUCUCUGUCACUUCAACUAGAGUCUUUCUAAAUGUGAAUAAUGUAAGUAUCAUGUUAAUCUGUCACUGUAACUUUAAAAACACCUUUAAAAUCCUGUGUCACUUCGAUUAGAGCCUUUUAAAGACUUUCUUAUGUAUGUAUCAUGUUAAUUUGUCACUAGAUCCUUAAAAACACCCUUAAAAAUCUGUGUCACUUCAACUACAUCCUUUCAAAGAGUGUUUUCAAUGCUAAUAUUGCUUAAAUGGUGUUAAUCUGUCACUAGAACCUUAAAAAAACACCCUUAAAACUGUCACUUCAAGUAGAGCCUUUUAAAGAGUGUUUCUCAUAUUAAUACUGCAGAAAUGGUGUUAAUAUGUCACUAGAACCACAAAACAUCCUUAAAACCCUUUCACUUCAACUGGAGCCUUUUGAAGAGUGUUUUUACUGAUAAUAAUAUGUAAAUCAUGUAAGUCUGUCAGUACAAUCGUGAACCAACAUGUGUGGAGAUUUUAUUUUAUUUUAUUUUUUAUUUUAUUGUCGUUUUAAAGUUAAUAAAACUAUUUAUUUUGUGUAUAUUCACUCAGUCAGUCAUUCACUCCAUAUUAAGUAAUUUUCAAUGUCAGCGUGAAUUUAAACCUUAUAGCCAAAGAAAAUAAAGAUGAUAAUACAAUA